AUGGGAGGAAAAUGGCAUUCAAUUAUUCGAGAUAUUGGAGGGGAUCUAAUUGAGAAAGUAGAAUGUGUAGACACUUUUUAAAAUCAUAAGAAUGACCUUACAAGGAAGUACUAUCGAUUUCAUUAUUGA